AUGCCCUCAAUCCCCGCGAUGUUUGGGCUGCUCGCCGUGCUCGUAAGCGUGCUGCAUCUGGCUCACGCGAAGCCCGUCCUGCCGCCCUUCGUCGCUCACUCGUAUGUCCGCCUGGCCAACCGCGACCAGCCGGCGUCGGGCGCCUCCAGCGACGACAACCAGGUCGCGUUCGCCGUCUGUCCCGCGGCCGGGUACGAGAUCCAUGGCGAAGUCAACGCUAUGACGAUCACGCCCUGCCAGCGCGCCGCGCCCACCGACCCGUGCACGUUCAUCCGCGGCAGGAACUACACCAUCGAGCUCGAGUUCCUGUCCUACCUUGAUGCCGAGAACCCUCGGAGCUCGAUUGUGGCUGGCGACCCCAAGGAGGGCCCGUACGCGUACUCCGGCCAGAGCUUCGCCGCGUGCAAGUACACCAACUGCCCGAUCCACGCCAACGUCGCCUCCACCUACGUAUACCAUUUCCAGACACUCGCCUCUGACUUCAACUACCUCACCUUUAACGUCACCAACGACUUCUUCGGCCCCAGUCUGUUCUGCGCCGGCACGCCCAUCAACUUCCAGCAACAGCCCUGA